AUGGAUGUGGAGAAACUUAUUGAAGAAAUAAGGAAGUUUCCUGUAGUUUAUGACCAGUCGAAUGACAAAUAUCGGAAUACAGAAUACAAGGAGAAAGUGUGGAAGAAAAUUGCUGACAAUUUGGAGCUUGGAGAGGGCACUACACUGUCCAAGAUAGAGAAACUGAAGUCUCUGAUGAACACUUACUGGGUGUUGUGUGACGCCGUACACCAGGCUAAUGACUUCUACUGCGAUCAGCUGAUGGCCGUUAUGUUCUCCUUAUUCGUCCACGUCACUAUCAAGGCCUACUUCUUCUUCUUGUUCCUCAGAGCUGGUGAGGUGUUCGCUAUGAUUUCAGAGGCAGCCUGGGUCCUGGUUUACAUCUGCUAUGCGGUUCUACUAGUAAAAUCAGGCACAGACGUUACUAAAUCGGCUGAUGAAAUGAGGCUGGUGAUUUGUCAGUUGGUAAACAAAGAUCUGAACCCAAGCUUAAGGAAACAGCUGGAAGUGUUUCUGCUGCAGUUACUUCAUCACAAUACAAAAUUUUCCGCUCGCGGGUUUUUCCAGAUCCACAACGAGACUCUCACAUCGAUGGCUGGAGCGGUAACAACUUACCUGGUGAUACUGAUCCAGUUCCAGACCGAGCGACAAACUACCUAG